AUCAAGCGAACACGGAGGCUAAAAUGUCGUACAGAGAUUUGAGGAAUUUCACUGAAAUGAUGCGUGCCCUGGGCUACCCUCGGCUGAUAUCUAUGGAGAACUUUCGUUCUCCAAACUUUGCUUUGGUGGCUGAAGUCUUGAUGUGGCUUGUCAAGAGGUAUGACCCAAAUGUGGAGUUACCCAUGGACGUUGAUACUGAACAGGACAGAGUGCUGUUCAUUAAGUCAGUUGCUCAAUUCAUGGCAACUAAAGCACAUAUAAAGCUGAACACCAAGAAGCUAUAUGGGGCAGAUGGAUAUGCUGUAAAGGAAUUACUGAAAGUCACAUCUGUCCUGUACAGUGCUAUGAAAACUAAUACUGGAAAUGAGGCUGCUGAAGAGUCCAAUGUGAAUUCCUUGACAUUUGAUAUAUCAUCAAGAAUUAGUGAUUUAAAGGCAUCUCGUCAGCUUGCAUCUGAGAUAACAUCAAGGGGAGCUGCUCUUUAUGAUUUGCUAGGCAAAGAAGUGGAAUUAAGGGAACUAAGAACAAAUGCCAUAGCCAAGCCUCUUGAACUAAAUGAGCUGGAAAGCGGUAUCAAGAAGAGUGUUGCUACUGUUAAGGAUGACAUAAAGAAAACUAAUCAAAUGUUGGACAAUAUUGCCUCUGAUGAAGCUAACCUGGAAGCUAAAAUAGACAAGAAAAAACAAGAACUGGAGAGGAACCAGAAAAGAUUGCGAAGUUUAGAGACUGUCAGGCCAGCAUACAUGGAUGAGUAUGAAAAACUUGAAGAGGAACUCAAAAAAGUGUAUGAGACUUUCAUGGAAAAGCAUCGCAAUUUAGCUUACAUGGAGCAACUACUGGAAGACAUUAACAGAGCGGAGAGAGACAGAUUUGAGGAGUCAGAAGCAACGAUCAGGAACAUGCAAACUACAGACCAUAGCCGAGGGAUUGACGCCGGAAAUGAACUGGGAGAUUUGGAUGAUGUCGGGGACGACGAAGAUGAAAUUGUUGUCGAGGCGAAUAAUGCACGACAGGCUACCAGACCACAAGCUGCCGAGGCUGGUAGCCGAGUCUUCGGUUCCAUGGGAGGAGGGCUUGACUCAGAUGAGGAUGAAAGUGGUUCACUUUCUUCAGGAGAGAGCGACAUUGGAGUUGAUGACGAUGACGACGAACUUCUCGAUGAUGACGACAUGGAUGAUGGCCGUGGGGAAGGACGGGACGACGGUUCUCAGGCGAACAGUCUUAAUGACAGUGAUAAUGAUUUCUAAACUAACUAACGAAAGCUUGUAUAUAGUUUGGCAUUGAAUAAAGCCGUUACG